UUCAGGUGUCCUGGUCCAGGUGAGUUCCAGUGUGCAUCGACUGGCCUGGUGUUCGUCAUGGCUCAGGAGGCGGAGCUUCUGUACAGGACGGUCCCUUGGGAAGAGAGCCUCCUCCAAUCAGCUGGCAAGCAGGCAGCAGGGCCGCUGUUCGACGUGAAGAGUUCUGAUGAAGCUGCUGUCUGCCAGCUCCACCUGCUACACAGUGAGACAGAGGAUGCGCUGCUCCUGGACGGCCUGUUGUCUGUCGUCCACAUCACGGAUGAAGGCCUGAGCAUCUUGGAGCCGCUGGAGGUCACACCCACUCACGUGGUGGUGAAGGUGCCUCACCUCUCUUUCUUUGGCCUGGUCUGGGACAUCCUUAAAAGGUUUCUGCUUCUGCGGAUAAAGGGCCAAGUUCUGGUGUUCCUACGACCCCCGGGCAGAGAGGAACAAAUACUGGAUGUACAUCUGCUGCAGAACAACGUCUCUGAGGAGGAGGUUGCUGAAAAACACAGCUGUGCUGUGCACAUCACAAACUCCUCCGAGUGUGAGCUGGAACUGUUUAAAGGUUACAGUGUGCACUGUGAACCUGAGGGCUUCUUCAUUCAGCCUGAGAGUAAAAUAUUUGAAUCCAGGUUUGGACCAAAUUACCCUCCGACAUUUCAAGUUUCCCUGACGACGAGCACAGAGAGAGUGGUUUUGAAGGUCAAGGACCAAGGUGGAAACGUAGUCUGGAGUUAUCGCGUGUCACUGGAAGUUCCAAGGCGGCAAUUAUCCCAGAUAAAUGUCCCAGCAGAGGGCAGAGUCCCAGCAGACCAGUGGCUGUUCUCAGUUCGGACAGAGUUCAUUCAAAGAGUGUCUCAAACUCAGCUGAACGUCCUUCUGGAUAAACUCUUUGGGUCUGGAGUGAUCAGUGAAUCUGAAAUGACGUCAGCCAGAGCCAAACCCAAAAAUGACGGAGCACGAGAGGUGGUGGACGCGGUGCGAAAUAAAGGAGCUGCAGCCUGCAGGGUUCUGAUCAAUGCUCUCCGUGAGCUGGACCCGUAUCUUUACAGAUACCUCGACUCGAAUCUGAAGCAAAACCUUGUGGAGUGUGUGUGACAGUUGAAGUCUAGUCCACUGUUUUGUUAUCUGUAACUAUUUCCCCUUGUCCUUGAAGGUAACACAGAUUCUGAGCGAAGGCUACUUUCCUUCUCUCGUUUCUCCUUUUCUCCGCCGGAAGCGGGGGGGCCAGGGGGCCAUUGGCCCCCCCACUUUACAGCCCUGCCCCACAUUUUCGCAGCAGCGGAUGCCGCGGAACACUGUACACAUCCCG